AUGACCCCUUUUAAGGCACUAUAUGAGUAUCAGCCACCACAUUUGGCUUUUCCACUCUCAGUCACUACAGCUGUUGCAGAUAUGGAGGAAUACAUCAAGGAGAGGGACCAUGUACUGAGUUUGCUCAAGGAGAAUCUUCAUAAGGCUCAAGAGAGGAUGAAGUUCUUUGCAGAUAAAAACAGGGUGGACGGAUCACUUGAUGUGGGAGAUGAAGUGUAUCUAAAGUUACAGCCUUAUAGGCAAACAUCCAUCGCCCUAAAAAGGAAUCUCAAGCUAUCAGCCAAGUAUUAUGGCCCUUUUAAAGUAGUCGAAAAGAUUGGGUCAGUAGCACAUAAUCUCCAGCUGCCAGUUGAGUCAAGGAUACACCCAGUUUUUCAUGUGUCCCAGCUCAAGAAGAAAUUAGGAGCACCUGUAUUACCAGUACCAGAAUUUUCAUUGGUGGAUCAACAAGGACAGGUUAAGGUGGAGCCAGCAUCUCUGCUGGGAGAAAGAGUUACUCUGCGGAACAACAUCCCUAUUCCUCGGCUUUUGAUACAAUAG